AUGUUCCGAUGCAACCGCGUUCGGUUUGCCAGCCUCGACCACUCGACAGAUUCUUCUACAAUUGGCCACUUUCUUCAAUAUCGGUUUGUUCUUUUGGAUUUACCUGACUCCAGAAAUUCACUCUACUGGCUUUCGUCCGAAUCUGCCGCCGAGACGCAGUCGCUUGGCACUUUGCGCGACGAGCAGCUGUGGGCUCCGGAGAGUGUGAAUGGGCGGCCGGACUGCGAUUGUCUCGCCUGCCUCAGCCACGGCGUCGAAGCGUCCAGAUCCGGCCUCAGACACGACGUCGCCUUAAGACCUUUCGACUCGGCCGAGGCGAUCAUCGUCGAGCCGACGACAUGUCAACCGAUCCGUUGGAUUCCCGAUGCUCCGCUUCAAGGCCAGAAUUGGGCCAGUCUCUUCUCGGCAGAGGUCGGAACAGACGGAGCCAACGGCGACGGCGACGGCGACGGCGAAGGCAACGGCGACGGCGAAUUCAGCGAGACCGAAGAAGAAGCGGAGCCGACUCGCGAUGCAAGCCGAGGCUACAGCGGCUGUGAAGACUGUGGGUGUGUCGAGGAGGCGACGACGUUUGCCCAAUUUUCCCACUCUCGACUGCACGACUGGAGUCCAACCAGUCGCCCGUUCGACCAUCAUCUCAAGCCAGAGGGAGCCGAGCUCGAGUCCGCGCAAGUCGAAUUCUCAGCUCGAACGGUCGGCCCGUUUCUAUCCGCCACCGGCUCUGCUGCUCCCGGCAACAGUGACGUCUCUUUCUAUUCGUCCACAUUCAAUUCGAGCCAUUCCUCCGAGUCGCCGGGACCACUUGUCAGACCGCCCGGCGCUGCGUCCGUGGACGUCGCCGCGGCGUCACGACAACUUGGCCCCAGAGACACAGUCACCUUCGCCGCCGGUUGGCAGGCCUGUGCCGCCUGGCAACCGGAUUCGCAGACUUGGCCGUCUCCGGGGCCUUUCAACCACUCGACCAAUGGUCUGGCAGUCGGUUGGCACGAGCACGCCGGGGGUACAUCGGCGACGGGUUGCCAUGACGACUUUGUUGCCGCGACUGCAUGCUACAGAUCGGAGCAAUCUCAGCUUUCCCGGUUGGCCUCAUGCACGGACGAGCCGGCCGGGCAGGCGAGCGCCGAAUUCGCUGACUAUUAUCGUGACGGUGAGCAGCCAUUUUUUGCUUCCUCUUGCUGUGCUACUCUGCAGCGGAGGCGAUGA